AUAAAUAGUUAAACUUUUUCCAACAUUAUAAUCUCUCUUUGCUUCAUUGAAGGAGAAAUAUAUCAAGUGAUCUAAUGGAAGGUGGUGGACAAAAAGAAAGCUCAUUGCAUGACAUGAAGCUUUUGUUCGUUGAGAUGGGUGUUGGCUAUGAUCUUCAUGGUCAAGACAUAACAGCUGCUGCAAUGAGAGCAUGUAGAGAUGCAAUCGCUACCAAUUCACUUCCAGCAUUCCAAAAAGGUUGCAUCCCUGGUGUGACAUCAGAUGACAUGAAACUACAUGUCAAACUGGGGGUGCCUCAUCCUCUGCAACAAAACUUGGAUAAGGAUAAAAUAAAGUCUGUGUUUCCAUAUGGGCAAAUUAUGAAGUUUGACGUAGUGGAUGGUGGACUAGUGUGCUCAACUGAAGAAGUAGCUGAGAAGAACGAUGACUGCUACAUUGUUAAUGCUGCUGUGUAUGUUGGCUACUAGCCUUCUGCUAUCUUAGCUACCUUGGGAAACUUGCGUGUUGGAGUGUUGGUGUUUCUUUAAUCGAUUUGGCCGUGUUAUCCUUUCGUUAUUUCCGAAUGCAUGAACGUACUUUUUUAUUAGUUGCCUUAUGUACACUUUUUGGUUGUAAUAAUUACAGUACAAUAAUGUAAUAUCAGCUUAAUCUAUAUUUUAUACAGUUAUUAUUUGAUGUUGA